GAUUACAUUCGGCAUAAACACAUCGUGUUGGUCUUCACCACUAAUCAGACAGAAUGAAGGAUGCUAGUCACUGUUGCAUUAUUGCAUCUACCUUCUCAGUUCCAUCUGGGCAACCAGAAGCAAGAGAUGUCCGACAACGACAAAUACAUUUUCUAUGGUGGACGCCUGAAGUCCAACAUCCAUUGCGGCUGUUCUUCACUUGCAGCUUUGAUUAUCCAACGGUUGAAGGAACACGGAAAUGACGUUGCAUUUAUUGAUGCUGUGUCCGGUAGGACACUCACCUACAAAGAAAUUUUGUAUGCUUCGAUGAAAGUAGCUAGCCGUCUGAAGCAUUACGGUUUAGGAAGAGGAUCUAUCAUCAGUAUCAUGAGCGAAAAUCGCCUUGAAUACUCGAUUGUAGCCUUUGCUAGCUUCUUUGUUGGAGGCAUAGUCAUUCCACUAAAUCCAACCUAUACUAAGACAGAACUGAAGCACGUGCUGAACUUAACGAAUCCUCAAAUUGUCUUUGCAUCAUCUAGAGCCUUCAGUACACUUAAGUCUUUUAUGUCUGAAAAUCAAUCAAUCAAGUUUAUAGUAUCGAUUGAUGAUGUUGACAACGAGUCAAAUGUCAAGUCUUUCGGCGAAUUUGUAAAUUGUGACAAGGAUGUAAAUAUUAUACCGGACCCUGUCAUUCUCAAAAAUGAUGUUGCCAUAAUGGUUCUUUCAUCUGGCACAACCGGAUUACCAAAAGCAGUCCAGUUAACGCAUUUCAACGUGAUGACUGUCGUUGCAUACAUGCGUGAAGAUCCCCGUUAUAACGAAUUGUCCGUUCCGAUUCGACUAUUAGGGCUCCUACCGUUCUACCACGUUUACGGGUUUAUGCUGAUGCUGAACGUUUGUUGUAACCGGUACUCGAUGGUGGUUCUUCCUCGCUUCGAACCCGACCUUUUCUUACGAAGCAUUCAAGAUUAUAAGGUUACAAUGGCAAACUUAGUCCCACCACUUGUUGUGUUCUUAGCAAAACAUCCGUUUGUAGAGCGAUAUGAUUUGAGCUCCCUACAAGCAGUACUCUGCGGAGCAGCUCCACUCAGCAUGGACAUAGAACUGCAGGUCGUCCGCAGAUUACCACAAAUUCAGAAUAUCCGAGUCGGCUACGGAAUGAGUGAAGCGUCUCUGGGAGUUAUAUCGAAGAUAAAUGGAAAACCCGGAACAGUUGGACGGGUUCACAAGACCACAUGGGUGAAGGUAGUUGAUACUGACACUGGAAAGACGUUGGGACCGUACCAGAUUGGAGAAAUAUGUAUCAAAGGUCCUUUGGUUAUGAAGGGGUAUUAUAAGAACGAGCAAGCUACUCAAGAGACGAUCGAUGCUGAGGGUUGGCUACACAGUGGAGAUACAGGUUAUUUCGAUGACGAAGAGGAUUUCUUUAUCGUGGAUCGAAUCAAGGAUCUCAUCAAAUACAAAGGAUUCCAAGUAGCACCGGCAGAGGUGGAGGACGUGCUAUUGAGUCAUCCCAAGAUACGGGAUGCGGCGGUAGUUGGAAUUCCUGAUGAGAACAGUGGAGAACUUCCGGCGGCAUUCGUAGUGCUUCAGGAUGGAGUACAAGAGCUAUCGGCGACUGAUGUUCAACGUAUCGUUGCCUCUAAGCUAUCAGCGCAGAAGCAUAUUCGUGGGGGUGUAUACUUCGUGAAAGAGAUUCCUAAAACAGGAAGUGGUAAGAUACUUCGCCGAGAAUUGAAGGACCGUAUAAUGAGAAGGGAAAAAUCGAAAUUGUAAUACAGACAGGAAGUAUUCAGGAAAAAGUAGAUUACCGUGUACUUAGCGCACACAAAUACGGUACACUUAUUAUUUUUCAGGCAGCCUUAAAUUUGGGUAUCAAAUUUGUUUCUAUCAAUAAGGUCACCUUUCAAGCAUAUGAUGGAUAAUAUUUACCAUAAUAUCAAA